AUGGAUGAAACCACUUUAAAACGUAAACGCGGGGGUUUAAAGGCUUCACUUACGAAUUUCAUAAAACACGUACAAUUGCUUCCACAAAAAAGAGAAGGUCUAGAUGAAAGUGAAAUCGUUAAUUUACAACAACGAUUAGUGCGUUUAGAAAGUGUUUUUAUCCAAUUCAUAGAAGUACAAAACGAAAUUGAGUUAAUCACUGAUGAGACAAAUUUGGACGAGCAAUAUACAGAGCGAGCAAAGUUUGAUGAUCUUUUUUAUGAGUAUCUUGCAAUUAGCAAAACUUUAUUACCAGAUGACGAGCACCUUGACCAUUCGUCAAAUGGAACUAGAUAUAUGGUUCCAGUAUCUGCUUAUACUUUGGAGGAUGGCUUAAUUAUAGCCGUAGAUACAUCCAAUUACAUAAGUAACAGGAUACAGCAUGUUCACAAAAAUCGUAUUGUAGAUUUGAAAAAAAAAUGGUUGACUAGCUCAAUAAAAAAUCUAAUCCAUCAUUACAAAAUGCACAAACACUUAUUCGGGAACACUUCACUCAAGGCGUGGAGGAAAAUAACCAAUUCUAUGAGUGAAGAUGGAAUCAAUUUUUCAGUGGAACAAGUGAAAACCAAAUUUAGUAAACUGAAGCAGAACUACACUAAGGCCAGGAACAAUAAUUCCCAAACUGGAGCUUCUCCUAUUGACUUUCUCUGGAUGGAGGAAUUUGAUAUGAUUUUUAAAAAGAAUCAUGAUGUGUCUCCAGUAGCAACAGCUAGUUCUUCAAAAUUCACUCCAUUGCAAGAACAAAACGGUAACUCUAACUCCCAACCCAAUAUAAUUCCGAAGAAGGGUUGCAAAAACUCCACUGAAAAAAUAUUGAGCAGCUUAGAGAAAAUGCAGCAAGAAAGGGCUCUACGUCAAAGACAGAGAGAAGCAGAAAGAAGCGACAUUUUAAAUGCUUAUGAGAAGCAGCAAUGA